CUUUGGAAAAUGGUGGAAAGCAACCGGUUUCAGUCCAUUUGGUGGAGUGAGGGUAGAAAAUGUGUGGCCAUCAAUGAAGAACUCUUCAAAGAGGAGGUGCUGGGCAGGGGAGGACCUCUGCGGGUUUUUGCCACGCAGAGCAUGAAGAGUUUCCUUCGACAGCUGAACCUCUAUGGAUUCACCAAAAUGCAGCAGGAUUUCCAAAGGUCUGCUUCCCUGCCUGAAUUCCUGGCAGAAGAAGCAGCAGCUUCUGCUCACAGCAAGAUACUCUACUACUACAACCCCUACUUCAACAGAGAGCAUCCCCACCUGCUGGAAAAGUGCAAGAGGAGAGUUGGCCUCAAACGCAGAGCCCCAGAUGCACCGGAGAUGGAUGAAAGGCACCCCUCCAGAAGCCCAGAUG